AUGCGUGUUUCUACCCUCGCCACUUCGGCCACGGCUGCUGUUGCUCAGGCUACUUCUCUGAACCAAGUCUGCACCGUCUCGCACGUUCGCGACUCGCUUCCUGAGAAUGGAACCUACCUAUUCUACCCGUCAACCGUCACCGCCAAUGCCGUUUACAAUACCACUGUCAGCGGCCAAACCUUCUUCCCUGACGCUACCUUUGACUACUGCAACAUCACGUUUGCAUACGGACAUGCAGGAAAAGACGACAGGGUACUCCAAGAGUAUUGGCUCCCUUCUCCUAGCAAAUUCAAGAACAGAUGGAUGAGUACUGGAGGUGGUGGUUUCGCUAUCAACUCCGGGUCCAACUCUCUACCUGGUGGUAUCAUCUACGGUGCAGCUGCAGGUAUUACUGAUGGUGGCUUUGGAGACUUCAGUACCAACUACGACGCUGUCUCGCUCUACGCGAACGGCACUCUGAACUACGACGCUCUCUACUCUUUUGGGUACCGUGGCAUCAGAGAGCUUACUAUAAUUGGUCGCGAGUUUACCGCCAGUUUCUUCGGGACCGGAGAGAAGGUGUACACCUAUUACCAGGGCUGUUCUGAAGGUGGACGCGACGGCUGGAGCCAAGUGCAACGCUUCUCGGACGCCUUUGACGGUGCCAUCAUUGGAGCCCCUGCCAUUCGCUACGGCCAGCAACAGGUCAACCACUUGUUCGCUAACGUCGUCGAAAAGACCCUUGACUAUUACCCACCACCAUGCGAACUCCAGAAAAUUGUCAACGAGACCAUCACCUUCUGUGACCCUCUUGAUGGUAAAACUGACGGCGUUAUCGCACGCUCCGAUCUGUGCCAGAUCCACUUCAACCUCAAUUCUACAAUCGGGAAGUCAUACCAUUGCGACGCCACAGAGGCCACUAGUCUUGGGUUCGGCUUUGGAAGCAAGCGCAAGCGACAGAUGGGUGGCGGCUCAAGUACCGAACCAGAACAAAAUGGCACUGUAUCUGCUCAAGCUGUUAAGCUCGUCCGCACCAUCCUCAACGGUCUCCACGACUCUGAAGGCCGACGUGCCUACAUCAACUACCAGAUUGGUGCUUCCUUCGAAGAUGCCUCAACUACCUACAACAUCAACACUAGCCAAUGGGGACUGGACAUUGCUUCAACUGGUGGAGAGUGGGUCGCUCGUUUCAUCAACCUGGUCGAGGCAUCCAAUCUCGACACACUUACCAACGUCACUUACGAUACCUUGAAGGAAUGGAUGAUUGAGGGCUGGUACAUGUACGAAGAUGUACUUCAAACCACCAACCCUGACCUCUCUGCUUUCCACAGUGGUGGCGGCAAGAUCCUGACAUUCCAUGGCGAACAAGACGACUCCAUUCCUACUGGCUCAUCCGUCCACUUUUAUGAGUCUGUGCGAAACACGAUGUACCCUGGGCAAGCCUAUAACCACAGCGUCGCUGCCAUGAACGAUUGGUACCGUCUCUACAUCGUCCCAGGUGCUGCCCAUUGCUCGAUAAACUCUUUGCAGAGCAACGGACCCUGGCCUCAGACCACGAUGGCACAAAUGAUCGACUGGGUUGAGAAUGGCAAUGCUCCUAGAACCUUGAAUGCCACAGCUAUCUCUGGUGAUAUGGCCAACUGGCAAUUGUGCAGCUGGCCUCUGCGUCCCAUGUACACGAACAACGGUACCAAGCUUGAGUGUGAGUAUGACCAGGCCAGCAUUGAUACUUGGAUCUACGACUUCAAUGCAUACAAGUUGCCUCUGUACUAA